AUGGAUUUUGAUAAAUUAGCAACAGAAUUGGACAAAUUAAAUUUGCUUCAAUUGGAAGGGGAGGAUCUGAACGAUCCAGAAACUUGGCUUUUCAAUCCAACACCUGAGAGUCCUAGAACUAAAGAAGAUGAAAGUUUGGAUAAAUGGUUAAAAGGAGCUGUUGAAAAAGUUGAUUUUCGUACAAGAUCAGCUUUAAGUCGCCGUUUAGAAAAGAAAAAAAGAAAAGUGGAUAAAGAAAAGCGUCGCAACAAUAUGGAAAAUUCUCUAUCAAUGAUUGAAGAGGUUAGUAAUGAAUCUGGACCUAUGUCUGAUCGUGAACAACAACGCAAUCGAAGGCCUCGAGAAAAAGAAAAUAUGGCUGCACGUAAAGCAAUUAGUGAAGCUAGUAUUGAUUCUAAUGAUGAUUAUGAAGAUGAGGAGGAUGAUGAAGAAUAUUUUGAUGCUCCAAGCACACCAAAGAAGUUACCUUUUGGAAGAAAUUUGGCUGCACAACAGUCACCAAGAAAAAUUCGGGGAAUUAAUACAACGCCGAGAAAUCCAAAAGACUUGAAAAAGGUAAAAUUAGAGAAUGUCAAAGAAGAAUCGCCAACAGAAUGGAAAAAUCUUGGGGAUAUUCAACGCCGUGCUAAAGAACAGGAAAAAGAGCUUCAACUUGAAUUAAUGAAAAGUCGUAGAGACUGGCAAACAACAACGACAUCCAACAAGGCUUCAAUUAAUGUUAAUACGUCUUCGCGUUCUCGACAAAACAGCACAUCGUCUUCUGCUUCUUCAAUAAUUAGUGGUCAUUACAACAACAACACCAACAAAAAUACAAAUAAUUCAGCACAAUCCUGUACGAUUUCAACAAGUAAAUCAGUUGAUUUUCGAAGCAAGUCAUCAUCAGUUAAAAAUUGUGAUCAAAUUUCUAUUGCUUCCUCGCGUUCAAACGAAGGGUCCUUAGCUGAUUUAAGUGUUUUUUCUGCUUCUGAUCAAAUCAAUCAGGGACUGAAUUCGCGUCUACCGCUUCCUCGUCGUCCAACUAUUCCAGGCAAAACUGGAAUACCACAUCCAACACCUAAAAGAAUUUUGCAAAAGAUUGAACCAGCAGAAAGAAUGCGGAAUAACUCAUCACCACCUGCUGAUCCAACACCUAUGGAUGAUGAUGAAUGUUUUUAA